GAGCUUCUGAGGGCGCAGCCCCAAGACUGUCAUUUUCAUGUUGGCUUUCUCCGGAGACAUUCUGGCUCCAGACUCUUCCGCUGCAGCCUCCAAGCAGUUCGGCUCAGCCGACAACGCACUGCGUACACCCAGCCAUCCGCCAGACUGGACCGCUUGCGUGCAGUUCCCCGCGAUGGCGGAGGCGCGCCGCACGGCCCGUCUCUUCAGCGGCGACCAGGGCGUGACCUUGCUCAAGGAGUCCCCCGCCCGCCCCGUGAUGCGCCCAGCGCAGCGCUUCUCCCUCAGCGUCCUCAACGAGGGCGUCGUGCGAUGCCGCCCCCCGAUCACCGACGAGGAGCGCGCCGCCUUCAGGCCCGCGGCCUGUGGCGGCGCCCCCUUGCGGCGGGCAGCAGCGCCGCCCCCGCCGACGCUGCGGAGCCCGACGGCGGGGCCGCGGACGAGCCGAUGAACUGGGUGGGCGCGGCAGUGCUGGCGCUCCGCGCGCGGCGGUGCCGCGGAGACACCGCCACCGCGGAGGCCUCGGAGCCCCUCGUGCCGUUGAAGCCGUCGUCGGCGCCGCGCGCCACGUUCAGGUCCGGGGCCCGGUCGUGCCGUUCUGCCUCGGGUGGCUCGCUGGCGUAGGGCGCGGCGGGUGGCUUCCGCCCUGCGCCGCGCAGAAGGGGCGGGGGGCUGAGCGACAUGGUCAUCGUGGGAGCCCACGGGGGCGCCCACGAGCAAUGCUCUCGAAUAUGAUUUUGUGCACAUGCCGUAUUGAGCGCGUUGCGCUUGGCGCGCCCAUCCCCUUCGACGGGACAGCUCUGCUGAAGUGGCUUCCGUCCGUCCGUCCGUGCGCCCGCUUUAGUGGGGAGGCGGAGGGGGGGAGUUGCGGAGAGAGGUGGUGCAGGAUGAGAAGGGCGGGCGUUGACAUCAUUCUCGCCCUUUCGUUUGAAGCGCUCUCUUUUUGUUGAUUUUGAGCAAGGAGGCCCCAGGCUGGCCCCGCGCUGCACCCGACCUGCUUGUGAGGUGCCGUCUAGUCGGGCUCGGAAUUGUUUUCCGCUGGGGGCCAGCGCUGGCCAGUCUCAGUGCACAUGGCCGUCUUGCUUGCCAUGAGCCGCUUUGGUGGGGAGGUGGAGGCGGAGAGUU